AUGCUCAACAACAGCAUGGCUUGCGUCAUGGUGACUACCAGCGCUACCGAGGCUUUUGUUCUAGAAGAAUCAGACGCCUACGGAGACAGACGUCACUACCGUAGGCGUGACGUUACCACCACUCAUCUUACGGUGCCAAGUGCAGAGAACCGACUUCUGUGCGUGCCGUUAUUGCAAGCUGAACGAGCUUGGGCGCACGCCAUGCAGCUACGGCAAGAGGCAAACACCGAGCCGCGCAAGAAGUUCCAUCUAGUUUCACGCUUGAAGAAGGCGUGUUCUCAUGCUCAAACGUUGCUGCAGCUUUGUGAGCAAAGUGGGGUAUGCGACGCUCGCACGCAGCUCGAGGCUGGGCAAUACGCAGCGUGGUUAGGCGACGUGCUACUAGUAGAAUUGCAGCAGUGGCGCGCCGCUGCCAACAGUCUGCAUCGCGCGCAGCUCAUGCUCGACAAACUGUGCUUCAGAGACAGUCUAGUAUGCGACGUGCUGAUAGUAGAAUUGCUGCAGUGGCGCGCUGCUGGUGCUCGACAAACUCUCGAAGCGGGGGCAUACGCGGCGUGGUUGGGCGGCGUGCUGCUUGUAGAGUUGCAGCAGUGGCGCGCCGCUGCCGACAGUCUGCAGCGCGCGCAUCUCGUGCUCGACAAACUGUGCGCCGCGCUGCCUGAGGACGAGCGACAGGUGUACAGGCAGAAGUCUGAAGAACUGAAGCCAAGUCUACGCUAUUGCGCUUACAACAUCGGUGACGAGUCGGCGGCCGGCGACCUGGUCGCUAUGCGUGGCCAAGGUCUCAUCGAAAAUCUAGAUUCACUUAUGGCCCAAGCAAAGGAGUCGCGUUCGGGCGUGAUGCAUGAAGUGGAGUGGCGCGGUCGCCGCGUCACCGUCCGUCCAGAGAAAGUGCGUCUUUUCCUUAUAGCGCUCCAGGACUUCGACAAGUCCGUCGCCAACGCUCACACCGUGGAGGCCAAGAUCGACAUCCUCGAAAAUAUACUUAUGGACUGCAAAGACGCCAUAUCUGCCAUAAAAGACGAGAUCAAGAAUGAUCCCAAAUUCAAGUCUGCCACCACCCAAGAGACUCAGCUUUCUGGCAUUAACUACUUGCUGUCCUACUUGAUGUAUCUACGUCUGCAGCGUACAAUCGAAAGAAACAACUUGUUAGUGCAACAAGCUGAGGAGGCCCGCAAAAACAACACCUCGAUCGACGGAAAAAAAGUGCGGCCACAUGAUUUGACCAGACUCUACGAGAUAAUCUUACAGAACUUCACUGAACUCCAGCAGUUGCCCGGCUUUGAAAACGACUCUGAUUACCAGCAAGAGAUAGAGACACAGACGAAAGCAUAUCGCGCAUUCAGAUGCUUCUACAUAGCUCAAGUGUUGACGGGACUCAGGCGCUUCAGGGAGGCUUUAGCUAUGCUCGAAAGAAGCAACAACUAUACCAACGAGUCCCUAAACAGCAAGCUAAACGACCAGCAACUCUCUGACAAGCUAACAGUGUUGAAGAAAGACAUCGAGAGCUGCAAGUUCGAAGUGCACGCCGACUCUGUGCUAGAAGAUGACGAAGAACAAGACGAGGAAAAUAAAUAUACGUCGAGUGGAAAACCUUAUAAGGACAAGAAGCCACUCGUCGACAGGCUGGACGAAUAUCGGGAAGACACUCAGGCGCUUACGAAAAAUCCUAACAUAUACAAAAUGCCACCAGCGAUGGAAGCUAUACCGUGCAAACCGUUGUUCUUUGAUUUGGCUUGCAACUUUGUUGAGUUCCCGAAUCUGGAUGAUAAGACAGGUGCCGCCGAUAGCAAGAAGCAAGGCGCUGGUCUUACUGGCUUAGUGAAAGGCUUUUUGGGCUGGGGCAAGGGUGAUAAAUAA